AUGUUUAGCGAAAAAAUCCCCAGCUGUUUAGACACAAAGCUCCACGUGCGCUCACUGCCCGAUGGCAUAGCGUUUCAAGUGAGCCGCCAUGCCAUUGAAACCUGUGAGGUAUUUCGGGACAUGUUUGCAUGCUGUGACCAAGGGUUGGAAUUGGUGGGUGAUAAAAAGGACCAGCUUGGGUCCCAGGAGGCAGUUCUCGACUUGGAUGAAACAGAGCAUGCUUUAGCAACUUUGUUCCGCCUUAUUCAACACCCCCCUGCCCCUCCCGCGAUGGAGAACUCGGAAGGAACGAGACCUCGCUUCAGACCGGACACGGACUCAGUGAUCCCAUUUCCCGUUCUUCCAUUCAUGCUUCAUCUUGCUGAUAAGUAUGGACUCCCGGAAACAAUUGUCUAUUCACUGCAAUUGCACGUGCAAGCCAACGCUUCAACAAACCCGCUCCCGGUUUACGCAUAUGCCACAGCACAUAAUUUGCCGAAGAUUGCGGCAGAAGCAAGCGCUCACCUCCUCCAUCCUCCAUUAUCAUCAUACACCAAAGAGGAUAUACAAAUUAUUCCCACUGUCACCGCAUAUCACGAGCUUCUGAGGCUCCAUGAAUAUCGGAAAUUUAGACUGCGAGACAUCCUGCUGAAUGAGGACAUUUUCCCGCACGGAUACGGCGCUUGUCCUUCGCACGCGCAGUACGCAACUCAGCUCUGGGAACAGAAGCGGGUGUACCUGGCCACCCAAAUCGAAGCAGCUACUGAUAUAGCAGGGGAGAUGCAUGAAUUAGCUGGCCAGCUUUCGUCUUGCCCUCCGUGUCGCAAAGCUUUGACAGCCGCCGUGGAAAUGCUUCAGUAUAAAUGUCGGAAGGUUGCAAUGACGGUAGAUUAUGUACCGCAAGAUUACUGGCUCGGUGCAAUCUAA